GUCAUCCAGCACAAUGUUCGUCGUCUAUUACGAGGAAGUGGUCGCAAAUCAGUUCGCGCGUGUAAAUUUAGUGAAUUUUCCGUUCGUAAAUCCGCUUGGUUCCGCUCGUUUCCGGUCGUAAAGUGUUCCCGAGAGUGCACUGCCACUGGUGGUCAUCGAAAAUUCUGCCCCAAUGUGGGCCCAGGACCGCAAAAGUGCAAUCGAAAAAUUUCCUCCCUCGAGCAAAAUUUUCUUCCUCUGUCCCCGUCGUCGUCGUGGUCGUAGUUAUCAUUGGUCAUCAUCAUCAACUCAGCAGUGGUUUGUGAAGACUAGCGCUCUCGCAAGUGAGAAGAAAUCGAACGUCAUUCAGAGAGAUAGCCGGUGCUAUCCGAUAUUAUUACACCAGCAGAACAAAACAAUCGAAGAGCAUCAGAAUCGGGAAUUCUUAUCGCCAUCGUUGCCGUGGCCGUUUUCUUCCAGUGGGAUUAAUCCAGACAAGUUGGUGGCAAUAAUCGUAGAGGGCUUCAACCGCGGAAGCGUUGGAAGCGCUCGUGAGCCCCUUUGGAUGGAAGUAUGAACCAAGAGCCCUGCUCAUACGCCCUAACCCAGAUCAGUUACCUGGUUUCGAACUUGAACAAGAAGAACUUUGCCUCGAAUAGUCGGCAAUUAGCACAGUUUGUGAAAGAUUUUGGAUUGGAAGCUGAUCGUCAUUUGCUGCGCUGCCUGUUCUCUGCGGUUGAUUUCUCCUGCUCGGCUGGAAGAUCGUCCGGAGACGCCGCUGUGACCCCGGGCCAUUCCAGGAGCAACAGCACCAGUAGCAGUACCAGCAACAGCACCAACAAUUACUUCUCCAGUAGCGGACCAUUACUGUCACUGCAGGCCCGAUUGCUGUCCUCGGAAUUGCUGGGACUGCUGUCCAAGCCGCAGCUGGUCGGGAACGUUUGCUUUGCCGUGGACAAUCCGCUACCGCAACAAAGGACAUUAACCCCCUCGGUCAAUCUCGUGACCCAGAUUGUAAGGACCCUCAACUGUUCGCCGAUUCAGCAAGCCGCUCUUGCCCUUGCGCUUCUUCAUUCGUCGCAUCCGGACAUUGUUCGAAGCGCUGAGGAAAACGCUCGCAGUUGUAUUGCUGAACUCAUUCAAUCUUAUAUCGACUUAGACUCAACUCAACCAACCCAGGAGGGAAGUCUCAACGACGUCUCUCCGGAACUGCUACAGCACAUCCUAUCGUUGAUUUCGCACGACAAGCACCAGGAGUUUGGCCUAUCGGACUCGACCUACGGCAAGUUUGUACAGCAGCUGUGUCGGGACUUUCCUCGGGAUCGGGUUCCGUUGAUACUCGCCCCGCUGCUGUACCCGGAGAAUACGGAACUGUCGGCCGAAUCGGUCAAAGCCAACUCGCAGUCGUUGCUCCGUUCGUCAAUCAUGGACACGGCCUGGGGUAGUCUGGUGAUGGAGAUCGGAUACGGAUUCACGGCCUCGGUGGAGGAUUGCAAGAAUCAUCUGCUGAAGGUCGGUGGCCGGGAGAUUUCCGCGCCGGAUGUGGCGAAAAUCAUCUCGUCGAUGUGUCUGACUCAUGCGUCGCUCUCGGAAAGCAGCAUCAAUUUGCCUACGCCCAGUAGUUUCUGGCCGCAAGGAAGUGAUCCCGGUGGGAAGGGGAAGGACGGUCAGAAUGGCGGGUCCAGUUCGGAGAAUAGUACCUGGAAGCCGGAGAUUUUCGUUCAAGCUUUGAAGGAGGUGGUUCCUAACUUGAACUGGAAGGAUGUCUGCCUGGCGUUUGACCAUCCCGAUUUCCUGAUCAAGGAUCGACCUGGUUUGGCAUUGCUGUUGUCCAUCGUCAAGAUGGGAAUGCAGUCCAGUGGUUUGGGACAGAAUUUCCCCGUGGAGUGCGUGUAUCAACGAUGGACAAAUGUGGAAGGUCAAUUGUCGUUGAUUACGAUGAUUUUGAAGAGCCCGGAUUUGUACUCGUUUGCGGACCAUAUCUACACGAGUGUUUCUGUUGAUCUGUUGAAGACGCCACCGGAGACGGAUAACAAAGAAGUGGCAUCGUGGCUGUCGCUCCAUCUGGUGGACGUUUUGCUGUACAUAGCCGACAACGGAUUCUAUGCCCAGGCGAUGGAGAUUUUCAAGAUCCCCAUACAACUUUGCCCGGAUAUUCUGUUUAUGGCAUUGCUGCAAAUCAAUCCUCCCGUAACCGUAUCUCGUCAGGAGCUGUUCACAACGCUGAUUCCGAUCUUCCUCGGCAAUCAUCCGAACUCGGGAACGAUUUUGCAUCAUGCUUGGAACAACACCAGCUUCAAUCCUUCGCUGAGACACAUCAUACUGCACUCGAUGAGCGAAUGGUAUCUGCGCGGAGAAAACGAUCAAUCUCGCUUGUCCCGAAUUCUGGAUGUGGCGCAAGAUCUUAAAGCCUUGUCCAAUCUGCUGAAUGUGCGAUCGUUUAUAUUCAUCAUCGAUUUGGCUUGUCUGGCAUCUCGUCGUGAAUAUCUCAAGCUGGAGAAGUGGCUGGCAGACAAGAUUCGUGAACAUGGAGAACCGUUCGUCAAGACAAUCAUUAAGUUUCUGCAGCGUCGUUUCCCUCAGAUCAUGAUGGGAAAGUUCGCCGAUGAGCAGAUCCCGAAGUCGGCUCAACUACCGCCAGAAACCCUGAGCACUAUUUUGUCCUGCUUGCAAGCGUGCGUUGGAAACGUUAGUCAGGAAGUCGCCGAAAUAAUCAUGAGCAUGACUCAAUACAACCUUCUGUUGACUAGCAAGACUCGAGCACAGCAAGCUCCCCAGCAGCAACAACCUCCACCACCUGGAGUUGUAAGACCCCAUCGUGUUUUGGAAGCUCCGUUCAGUGCAUCUGCACUGGGAGGUCAGAUAUUCCCAGGACCGUCGGUUGAAUCGCUGUCCGGAUUGGCAAGCAAUAUGGCUGGGUUGAAUUUAGGAGGUCCCGGUAACAGUGCUUUCAGUUUUGGAAGUGCUCUUGGUAAUCUGGUGUCGACUCCUGCUUCGCCGUCCAGGCUUUUGGCUGGACCGUCGAAUAGCCCCUUCCCGUUGAUGUCGAUGCCACCUUCUGCACCCGUCGGAAACAUCGGACGUUUGCCACAGACCCCUACGGGAGACAAGCUUACAAUGCCAACGGCUGGUCAGACAACUUUCGCCGAAAUUGGAUGCCAAGCUGUCUCGAAGGAAGUCGAAGAUGAAGCCAAUAGCUACUUCCAGCGAAUCUACAAUCAUCCGCCGCAUAAUACGUUGUCCAUCGACGAGGUUCUGGAUAUGUUACAGCGUUUCAAGGAUUCUCCCAUCCGUCGGGAAUGCGACGUCUAUCAGUGCAUGUUGCGUAACCUCUUCGAGGAGUAUAAAUUCUUCCCACAGUACCCGGACAAAGAACUGCAAAUCACUGCUCAACUGUUCGGAGGAAUGGUCGAACGUAACCUCGUGACAACGUAUGUUGCCCUAGGCUUAGCAUUGCGAUGUGUGCUGGAUGCCCUCAAGAAACAGGAAGGCUCCAAAAUGUAUUACUUCGGUAUCACUGCCUUGGAUCGCUUCAAGAACAAGCUGCAUCUUUACCCGAAAUACUGCGAAUACGUUCAUGGAAUCCCUCACUUCGAUCAAUUCCCACCCCAUCUGAUCGAGUAUAUCGAAUACGGUGCUCAAGGGCAAGAACCCCCGAACAAAACCCUUGGACCUGGACCACUGCCAUCGUCCAUCACCCAACUUCUUCCGGGAGGACCAUCCGGAGUUGGUGGCGGCAAUCCGCUGUAUCGUACCAAUUCUGCCACGGGAACAAGCAAUCUCACGUCUGCCGCGCCUCCAGCGGCUCCCAAGGUCAACCUGGGAUCCCAACUCGGAACCACAAGCCAACCGCCACGGGUCAAGUCCAUUGCCAAUGCGACCAACAUCGACACCCUAUUGGUGGCCACCCAAGAAGGCGAUGAAAAGAUCAUCAACCCUCCGGACGCCGUCCAGGACAAAACGGCCUUCAUUUUCAACAACCUCAGUCAGUUGAACCUCCAGCAGAAAUGCGAAGAGAUCAAGGACAUCCUGCAGAAAGAUUACUACGUCUGGUUGGCUCAGUAUCUGGUCCUGAAGCGAGCUUCGAUCGAAGUUAACUUCCAUGUCCUGUAUUCGAACUUUUUGGACGCUCUGAAGAUCCCGGAGGUCAACAAACUGGUUACGAAGGAGACCUUCCGUAACAUCAAAGUGCUGCUCAGAUCAGACAAAGCAAUGGCCAACUUUUCCGACAGAAGUCUGCUGAAGAAUCUGGGACAUUGGCUCGGUAUGAUGACCUUGGGCCGAAACAGGCCCAUCCUACAUCUGGACAUCGACAUGAAAUCACUGCUUGUUGAAGCAUACAACAAGGGCCAGCAGGAAUUGCUUUUCGUAGUUCCCUUCGUCGCGAAGGUCCUCGAAUCAUGCUCCAAGAGUAAGGUUUUCAAACCGCCCAACCCGUGGACCAUGGCAAUCAUGAACAUUCUGGCCGAGUUGCACCAGGAACCGGAUUUGAAGCUCAACCUCAAGUUCGAAAUCGAAGUGCUGUGCAAGAACCUCAACAUAGACGUUGCCGAUUUGAAACCUGCCAUCUAUCUAAAAGACCCGGAACGUGCCCAGAACAUCGAGUAUCAACUAUCCCAGCCGAAGCCUGCCAAGGAACUCCAACCGAUCCAGGUCAUUCAGGUGGCCGAGGAAAUUGCCUCCGCUGGCCCAUCGGGAUCCCCAGCCAUCCCAGCUAUGGAUCCUUCCCUAGCCGUGACCGGUCCUCCGGAGCCACGUUUCCACUACUCGGACAUCAACAUCUCGAACUUUGCCUGCAUCAAUCAGCACGUGGUGUACUCUCCCAACAUUGCCCUGCUGCACACCCAUCCGCAUCUCAAGCAGAUCAUCAAAACCGCCCUGGAACGAACCAUCACCGACUGGAUUACGCCGGUGGUUGAACGCAGUGUCAAGAUCGCCUCGAAAACCUGCGAACAGAUCAUUCGGAAGGACUUCGCUCUAGAUCCGGAUGAGAUUCGCAUGCGCACAGCAUCUCACAAUCUUGCUCGCAAUCUGGCUGCAGGUAUGGCCAUGAUUACCUGCCGGGACCAAUUGAUGCAGAACAUCCAGAACAACAUCAAGACGGCGUUCAUGACCACGCUGAGUCCGGCGCAGAAGGACGUAGCCGAGGCUGCUGCCAAUCAACUGGCUGCCGACAACAUGGAGUUGGUUUCGGCGUUCAUUCAGAAGACUGCCAUUGAGAAGGUGGUGCCGGAGAUGGACAAGCUGCUGGCCACGGAUUACGAGUUGCGAAAGAUUGCCCGCCAGGAAGGCCGCCGCUAUUGCGAUGCCAGCGUGUUGACGUACCAAGCCGAGCGAAUGCCGGAGAGAAUCCGGUUGAGCGUCGGAGGAGUGUCGCCCAGUCAGCUGGCGGUGUAUGAGGAGUUUGCCCGGAAUAUUCCCGGCUUCCAACCGAUCACCGACCGGGAUAAUGCGCUGUUUGCUCCGAAAUUGCCGGAAGCACUGCCAACCGUUGCUCAAUUCCCCACUCCGGCGGCCGUCACUCCGGAUGAGAUCGGAGUGCUGUACGAUGAGCUUGCCAGCAAAAUGGAAGUGUUUCUCAGCAGUGCCGUCAAUGUGCCUCAGUUGCAUGUCCAUCUCAACAACAUGCACACGUUGCUGGAAUGCCUAAUCAUUGCCCGUCGUUCGCGGGACAAUCUCACUGCAUGCAAUUUGCUGAACAAGGCCGUCGAAGGUAUCAUGGAGGGUCUGAUGAACAUCCCGGACCACAUUGACCAGAUCAAGCUGUAUCGGGACAUCCAUCUGCGUGUGAUGCGUCUGCUGCAAGAUCCGCGUGCAUUCGGACCGCUUUGGACCAACAAGGCCAUCACCCGGUACAUGCUGGAGUGCCGUGAAGAAAUCCGUUACAACGUCGAAGCGGUUGACUUGCUGAUUUCGUCCGGAUUUGUCAACAUGCCCCAGUACGAUAUGAUGCUGAUGCAGCUGAUGGACAAUGGCAACAAUUACGUAGCCGUUGUGUUCGCCAUGCAGCUGGUGCAGACCUACUUCAUCGAUGAGCGCCCGAAUACGAUAAUCACCGAUAAUGAUUUGCUGAAUACGAUUGAACUGCUGGCCAGAUUGUCGGCGCAUCCGAGGGCCCCGGAAGGUUUGGCUCACUUGAUGGAAAUGCUCCGCUCGAAUCAUGAUCCCAACACGUUCCUGGUUGAUCGUGCCCAUGCUGGACCAACGGCGCACAUCCAUUCGGGUAUCAUCAUUGCUAGGGCCACCGAUAUCGAGGAUCCUCCGGGCUUUGCCGAGCGGGUAGAGUAUCUACUGAAAGAUUGGAUCACGAUUUUCCACACCCCGUCCAAUUCGAAGGACAUGAUCAAGGCAUUCGGAGGCUUCGUCAACAAGAUGAACGUGUACGGAAUUCUGAAGGGUGAUGAGCCGCUGACUAGAUUCUUCCGUCAUGCAACGCAGUGCUGUAUCGAUCUGACCUAUCGCAACAUGAACGAUCCCAGCUGGAAGACGAAGAUCUUCCAGUGGAUCGAUGCUUACGUGCGGUUGAUUGCCCUGUUAGUGAAACACUCUGGCGAGGGUGGCAGUACCAGCACUAAGCUGAAUUUGUUGAACAAGGUUCUGGGCAUCGUAGUUGGCAUCCUGAUGCAUGAUCAGGAAGUGCAUGGCACUGCUUUCCAGCAGAUGGGCUAUCACCGUAUCUUCAUUAUGCUGUUCCUGGAGCUGAGCGCUCACGAUCCCGUGCUGGAGAAUAUCAGCCUCAGCGUAAUCACUGCCUUCUGCCACACGUAUCACAUUCUCCGACCCUCACUGGCACCGGGCUUCUGCUAUUCCUGGUUGGAACUGAUUUCCCACCGGGUCUUCAUCGGACGCAUCUUGGCCUCGAUUCCACAGCAGAAGGGAUGGUCCAUGUAUUCGCAACUUCUGAUUCAUCUGUUCAAGUACCUUGCCCCGUUCCUGCGCAAUGCCGAACUGGCCAAACCGGUGCAACAUUUGUACAAGGGAACGCUACGGGUGCUGUUGGUUCUGCUGCAUGACUUCCCGGAGUUCUUGUGCGAUUACCACUUCGGUUUCUGCGAUGUGAUUCCACCGAACUGCAUUCAAAUGAGAAAUUUGAUCCUAUCGGCAUAUCCACGCAAUAUGCGGCUACCGGAUCCAUUCACGCCGAAUCUGAAGGUCGACAUGUUGACCGACAUCGGCGGUUCGCCCCGUAUCUUCACCAACUACGCCGCAGCAAUCACUCCGAGCAGCUUCAAGAAAGAUCUGGACUCCUACCUGAAGGCCCGAUCGCCCGUGACGUUCCUCUCGGAGCUGCGUAGCAAUCUGCAAAUCUCGAAUGAACCAGGAUCCCGGUACAACAUCCCGUUGAUGAACGCCCUGGUGUUGUACGUCGGCACUCAGGCAAUCGCUCACAUCAGGUCGAAAAAUCUGGGACCCACGAUGGCAACCAUCGUCCACAGUGCCCACAUGGAUAUCUUCCAAAAUCUGGCGGUAGAUUUGGACAACGAGGGGCGAUAUCUGUUCCUGAAUGCGAUUGCCAACCAGCUGCGGUAUCCGAACAGCCACACGCACUACUUCAGCUGCGCGAUUCUGUAUCUUUUCGUCGAGGCCAACUCGGAAGCGAUCCAGGAACAAAUCACUCGCGUCCUGCUGGAACGACUCAUCGUGAACCGUCCGCAUCCGUGGGGAUUGCUGAUUACGUUCAUCGAACUGAUCAAGAACCCAGCGUACAAGUUCUGGGAUCAUGACUUUGUGCACUGUGCACCGGAAAUAGAGAAACUGUUCGAAUCGGUAGCCAACUCGUGCAUGGUGGUCAAAUCCAAGAGUCAACCGCAGAUGCCGAAUGUCGAGUCGGAAAUUGCCGAGUGCAACUAGAAUAUCGACAAAACGCCGUACCACGUAGCGCUAGUGUUAAGUGUAAGCGAAAAGAACUAAUACACUUUUGUUAAGAGUAUGAUGAAUAUGUUACAAACGAUAUGACACAAGAAGCAGGAAAUUCACUUUUAACAGUGUGAUUAGAUGUUGACGUCUACCACCUACUGUGCGCAUAUUAGGAGCACGAACCUCUUCGUAUGGUUUUUGUUUUAGACUAUCGUAGAGACUGGAGCCCAGAACAUGGCAUUAGAAAGUGUAUUUUUUAUGAAUUUAAAGGUGGUACAUUCUGCACAGUUUAUCAGUUUGUUGUUUUUUUUUUGUUUUAGCUGCAACGAAAAUCAUCUCAUUUUGUAAAUAGCAUCAUGAAUUUUUAAAUAUUUAAAUCAUGUUCAUAGCCACUAGCAUUAAUGCGGAAAGAAUAUAAUGUCUGUCUCUUGAACUAAGUCUAUACAACUCUACAACCGAUGGUCCAACAGCAAAAGCAAAAAUGAAGACUCGUGAACGUCUGUGGUCAGUGUUCGAUUUAUGUGCCCUUCACAGUAGCGAAAAUUCGAAAGUUCGAACCCCACUUAGCGCUAGAUUUUACAGAAGUCCGGCUGUAUACAGUACUAGAUGAUACGAUUAGAAAUCAAAGCAAACUUUAACUGUGUCCUAGAAGAUAAGCGUUGAUAGGUGUGCGUUAUUAGCAAUUAAUCCCAUUAUGUAAACUAUAUUCAAACGAUUCAUAUAAAUAUAUUAAAAUAUAAUUAAUGUA